AGUGGAACGAGUGGAACACGCACGCACCAGCUGUUUUUGACAUUUGAUGUAAUGAUCACUAUUCAUAAAGUAGGAAAUUGAAUGAGUAGGCAAUUUUUUAUGCAAUUUUGUUAUGGGGGUUGCCAGAAAUUAGGUCAUGAAGCACUUUUCUUUCUUCCGUAUUCGACUAUUUCCUCAACCAAAAUCGAAGUUCCGCAAUCAAAACAAUUGUGAUCCAAUGAAGAAGGAACUUGAAACGUAAAGUAAGAAUACCAUUAUUAGUUGUAAUUUAAAAUGGCUAGUAAUAUUCCAGACUUUAGUCAUUGCUGUGAGAUUUGUGGAUUGGAAGGCCUAUCAGAAGAUGAAUUUAGGAUUCACACUCAUACUGCUCACGUUGAAGCUAAUGGUGUAUGCCCUUUUUGUGAAUUAGCUGCUACUUCCGUGGCAGAACUUAUUUUACAUGUCAAUCAAGCACAUUUGGAUUUUCUAACGCCAGAAUCAGAACAAAAUAUUAGCUUUAUAGAUGAUCCUAGCCCCAGCGAGUACGGUGGGGGGAUAAAUGGCGAAGACCAUUGGAAUCUAGCUUCAUAUUCUAGCAACAAUACAAAUCACUUAGGUGCUGUUAAAAGUAAUAUUAAUAUAAAUUCCAAUCCUAAGGUAAAUGGAGGUGGUGCUAUUAGUCCGAAUAAAGUCAGCCAUGGUCACGGGUCUCCUUUACGCUCGAAUUUAGAUCUUAAGUUGAAAAACCCUCCCAGCACGCUCCAGUGCCCGAUGUGCAAUUAUACUAGUACAAAUCCGAAUAAAUUAGAAGAACACGUAAAUAGAAGUCAUUUUGAUCUGACUUCGCCGUCGGUGGGCAAAAUGACUACAACCUCAGAUCAGUAUGUGUGCCCUUUAUGCGCGAAACAUUUUCAAUCUGCUCCCGAUUUGGAACUUCAUGUCAAUAUUGAACAUCGUGAUAUUCUUUCGCCAGCAAGUCCGUCGACUCAAUCCUGUCCAGUUUGUGGUAUUACGCUUGAUGGAGAUAUAAACAGCGAAAGAGCUGUGAGACACGUCGAAUCUCAUUUUCCCGCCGGUUCUCCUCAGCCCUCAGACCGGGCGGCCCUCAGGGAACGCGAACAAAGAGAAUUCGAAAUGCUGCGAGCUCAGUACGGCAUGGAUAAUCAGGGAAAUUUUAAAGAACAAACGAUAACGAAUAUGCAAAGGGCCGUUUACGCAGGUGAAAUGAGCGUGUCUGAUUAUUACGAAAGAACUUUGGAUCUGAGAGCAGCUGAGAGUUGCGGAAUAGACGAUGGUAGUUCUGUAACGAGAAGUAUUGUACCGAGGGUGAGAGCAAUAAGUAACAACGCUACAAAUGUAGUACGAACUCUUCUCUGUACUUGCGUGGACCACUAUGCUUCGUCUUAUGGCGAUCGAGGCUGGGGGUGCGGGUACAGAAACACCCAAAUGCUCAUUUCGAGUUUACUCACUCAUACAGGUUACAACGAGAAAUUGUACAAACUGUGGCAGGAUCAGAAGCCGCCUCGAAGUUCGGUGCCUAGUAUAUCUAGGAUUCAGGGAUUAAUCGAACAGGCUUGGUCACAGGGCUUUGAUAUUCAGGGAUCUGAACAAUUAGAGUGUAGACUAGUAAAUACGAGAAAAUGGAUUGGAGCUACUGAAGUGGUGACGCUUCUCUCCUUUCUUCGAAUAAAAUGUCAGCUAGUAGAUUUUCACAAACCCACAGGACCUGGCGGAUCACAUCCUGAGUUGUUCAACUGGGUGCUCAAGUAUUUUGAGAGUUCGGUAGGUGGAGAGUUUACACCUCCAUUAUAUUUACAACAUCAAGGCCAUAGUCGAACGAUAAUGGGUAUAGAGAUCCAUAGAGAUGGUAGUUUAAUAUUAUUAGUCCUUGAUCCAAGCCAUUCGCCGUUACAGAUGGCGCAGCUCGGAGAUACCAAUAGCGCCUCUACGGCCCUGAGAUUGUUGAGGAAGAACGAAUCUGCGAUGAAAGCUAGACAAUAUCAAAUAGUUGCGGUAUUAGGGAUGAUCGAAGGCGAUUACCAAUAUCAGCAAAGUAAAAUAAUCCGUGGUUGCAGAAUACCACACGAUCGGUGAGAAUGGCAUGACGCCAUUAGGAGUCUUCAAUCAAAUUUAUAGUGUUAAAUUAUUACGAGACCUAGUCACCUAAUUCAUCACUUCUUUUCUUCUUGAAGUACACGUUUGGAUCGUUAUGUGUUACGGAGUUUUGCAAUUAUAUCAAUCGAGAUUUUUGGGAUCAAAAGGAAUAUUGAAUCCGUAAAAGUGUUUUCAAAAUUAACAAUUAAAUUUGCGACAGCCGUUUCGUAGUAAAGUAUCUUUAGCAAGUGAUACCAACAUUUUGCGUAUAAAUCUUAUUUUCAUGUCUUUGAAAUACAGCCGUAAUAACGAAGAAUAAAGUCGGUACAUUGAUAUUAUUAAAAAACCUUUAUAUCUUGGCACAAGGUUUUAUGUUAGAAAAUAUACAUCACAAGAGAUAUUGGAAGUAUAAUAAUGAUAAAAUUAUUUAAAUAAUUUAAACGCAAUAUCCCUCGAUUCUGUACUUUCUCUCGCCUAUUUGGAAGUUUCGUUCGAAUGUAUUUUAAAAUUUGAGAAAGAAAAGUAAAAUAAAAGGAGGACAGUACCUGUCACGUUAGAGAAAUCUUGCUGGACAAAAACAUUUAGAUUAUGCUUAUUUAUUCUCUUCCAAGACUUUAGGCGCAAUUUUCAAAGUGGAAAAUAUACCUUAUUAAAUUCAUAAGAUAUACAGAGUGAACAAAAAAAUACUAUAACAUUGAUUCAUAAUUGUUGAUAAUGAUAUGCAAUAAUUCUUGUUGACUCCUGUUGCCAGAUAGCGGUCUUGUUAAAACCUCAAACAUGCAUAAUAUAUCGGAUUUUCAGUCACAUAAGACUCAAAAUGGAUAAAAUGUGUUUUGUCUGCGAAACAUGGAACAUAAAAACACCGUUAAUAAAACUAGCACAAAAUCUUCUUGUUCUUCUUGUGCCACUCCUAUCGGAGAUUGGAAAUCAUCAAGGCUACUCUGACCUUGUUUACAGCUGACCUAAAAAGUUCAUUAGCGGUGCAGCCAAACCACUCUCUCAAAUUCCGCAACCAUGACAUUCUUCUACGGCCUGGAUUCCGUUUUCCUUCUAUUUUUCCUUGCAUUAUAUUUUGAAGUAAUGCGUAUUUAUGACCUCUCAUCAGGUGACCCAAAUACUCGAGUUUUCUUCGUUUUAUCGUUAACAAAAUUCCUGGGUCCGUUCCUAUCCUUCGUAUUACUUCAAGGUUUGUGAUUCUUUCAACCCAACUUAUCUUCAGCAUUCGACGGUAGCACCACAUCUCGAAACUUUCAAUAUUUUUUAUGUGGUUCUGUUUGAGAGUCCAGGCCUCUACACCGUAUAAUAGCGUGUUAAAUACGUAGCGUCUUAGCAUUCUUAAUCGUAGAGGGAUGCUUAUAUCUCUGUUGCAGAAGAAUUUUCUCAUCUUUAUAAAGGUGGCCAUGGCAAUUUCGAUACGUCUAUUUAUUUCAUUGUUUUGGUCUCCAGUUUCAUUUAUUAAAGUUCCCAAGUAUUUGUAACUUGAUACUUUUUUAAUUUGAAUGCCGUUUAUACUAAUAUGUGCUGGUUGUGUCAUGAUUUUACUGAAGAACAUAUUUAUACGUGGUUUUUUUGAUAUUAAUGUUUAUGCCAUAAUUGUUGCAAGCAAUAUUUAUGUUUGUAAGUAAUCGUUGUAAUUCUUCUACUGUUCUUGCAACUAGUACAGUGUCGUCCGCGUAUCGAAUAUUAUUUACAACCUCUCCAUUGAUUACGAUUCCUUCAUUUGCUUGCAAACGGGCUUCCUGGCAGAUGCUUUCACUAGAUACAUUAAAUAGCAGUGGUGACUAAAUGCAUCCCUGUCGUACUCCUCUACGUAUUUCUAUUGCUUUUGAUAUCUCAUUUUCUAUUUUGAUGUUAGCUUUCUGAUUCCAAUAUAAGUUGAGAAUUAUUCGCAGAUCUUUAUUAUCUAUGUCUUUUCUUUCAAGAAUGUCUCUUAGCCUAUCGUGGCGUACUCUGUUAAACGCUUUUUCAAAAUCGAUAAAACAUGCAUGUACUUCUUGAUUAACGUCUAGGCAUCUUUGUGUAAGAACAUUCAAACCGAAGAGAGCUUCUCGAGUACCUAGUCCUUUUCUGAACCCCAUCUGUGUAUUACUUAUAUCUGACUCCAACUUUUGAUAAACUCGGUUGUGGAUUAUUUUUAGAAAUAUCUUUAGUAGAUGGCUCAUUAAAGAUAUUGUUCAAUGUUCGGAACAUGCUUUUGCAUUGAAUUUCUUUGGUAGCACAAAAUAGAGAACAGCUAUAUAAUCAUUGUUAAUCACUUGAGAAAGAUACUUGUACAAUUGAAGUUGUUUUCGCAAAUUAAAAAUGUGAGACAAAGUUUGCAGUAAUUAGUUUAUUAUUGUAAGUUUGAGAAAUUGACUCAAAAGUCUCGAUUUAAAUUUUGUUAAGUUUACCCAGCAAACAUUUUUUGGUUAAAAUGUUGCUGGCCUAGUACAUAUCAACAAAGGGUAUGUUCUGGUUUAACAUGAAAUUGCUAAAGUGCUAAGUUUUAAAAUUUGUAUUUUACCUAAAAUAGUUACAUAAUCUAAUCGAUAUAUGUAUUUUCGACAGUGAUUAGUUAUCCUCUGGACAUUAAGAAAUUAAAAUCUCGUUUUUUGUACGGGUCUAUUUUAUAUUUUCGCCAAUACCACAACCGUAGGUCAUAUGUACAGAUCGUUUUUAACUUUAAUGCUGAUGGUUUGAAGCAAAUACAAACAUGGAAAAUAUGAAGUAUUGAGAAUUUUUGUGCAUAUCAUACGAGAGGUCCAGGGGAAACAUGAUAAGCGCCAAUUUAUUAAUUUUAGAAUUUUACAAAAAUAUAACUGGUAUAACUGGUCCCUACACAAUGAAUACAUUCUAUAGGGAAAUAAAUCGUUAACUACCACGAUUAUGCCAAUCAAAAAUAUACAUACAGGGAAAGAACCUGGUGACCACCAGCCGUCCAGUGGAAUAACUUGACAGGUCCAUUUGAUUGUAUCAUUUUUAUUUGGUGUUGAAUCCCGUCAUUUCUACACGAUCAUUUUCUUUUUGCUGUUUGUUUCUUUUACGUGUUUUUCUGCCAAUAUCUUCUGAGAGUUAUAAGGAUAUAUCUGUACCUAAGGAAGGAUACAACACUAAGUUUUUCAGUUUUGACAUUUUCAUAUAUUAAUAAUCAACUUUUAUCACUUUAUUUAGAGGAAUAGAGUACUAUGUCCUAAGCCAUUUGCUAACGGAGAUAGCGACCUUUAAAACAACAUCAAGUCCAUUUUUACUUAGAGGGAUAGAACACCAUGUGGACUUGAUGUUUUAUCCCUCUACGCAUGUGAAUUACCGCCACACAUAGUGUUGCACACGGUUGCAUUUCUUUAUGAUGGCAAGUAGUGGAUUAUUAGUGAUCUAAUAGGUGGUAGGUACUUUUUGUUUAAAGUUAUUUAUUACUAAUAAUAAGAACAUAGUGAACCGUAAUGAACUGUAUAUAGAGGAUUGUAAUAACAAUGAUUUCAACCCUAUGUUAAGAGCUAAAAAAUGGUUCUACUAUGAUGUGUUCAACAAAAAAUGUAAGUUGACUUUCAAAUUCCAGAAAUAGAUAUAUGUGACUUUUUUCAAGCAAAACUAAAAAAUAAUUUGACUCCAGAUGAAAAAAAACUAUGUUGAAAAAGAACAUAAUAAAUUUGAAAAGCAAGGACACCAAAAAGGCUAACAAUACCAUUAAGGUAUUAACUGGUGAUCUGCAAAAAUGUUUGCCAUCACCCCUUGUAAAACUGUGGACAUUAAAUUACACCUUGUAUGAUUCUUCUGAUUCCUCAGUCCGUUGCAUUAUGUGGGAUGAAUCCAAAGGAGCUCGUGGCGGAAAUGAAAUCGGAUCUGGAUUACUCAAAUGGGCAGAUACCGGUAUUCCUGGCAGUGAACUAGAAGAAAUCAUACUAUGGUCAGACAAUUGUUACGGCCAGAAUAAAAAUGUUAGCCUUAUUAUGUGUUUCUUUUGGAUACUCAAUAAGUAUCCACAAGUAAAAAUGAUCACCCAGAAGUUUCUACUAAAGGGCCACACCCACAUGGAGGCGGACACUGUCCAUGCGCUGAUAGAGAGAAAGAGAAAAAAAGUUAACAACAUGUCUAUUUUAACACUCUGGGAUUGGCAGCAGUUAGUCAGACAAACAUCAAUGAAAUAUACCGUACAUAAUAUGGAAUUAGAAGAUUUUAAAAAUUUUAGGUCUUUGUAUGAUGUCAAAAUAUCUCAAAAUUCUCCUUUUAUUAAUAGAAAGAGAGACAUUAAUAAACAACAAGUUCUGUCAAACUGUGUCCAGCUGCAAGUAAAACAAAACAGCAUGGGAACUCUAUUUUUGAAAAGUAAUUUUAUUGAUGAAACCCAGGAAAUUGAUCUUGUUAGGUUUCCAAGGCGACACCUUACAUUGCCAAAAGAUUUGCAGCUGGUAUCACAAACUCCAAUACCUGUAUAACAACAAAAGUACAAUGAUCUAUUGGCAUUACUGCCAUAUGUACCUACGUUUUGCCAUGAUUUUUAUAAAAACUUAAAGCACACUAGUGAUAAUACCAAUAGUGACUAUCCAAAAGGAGACUCACUUGAGGACGUCUGAGUGGUUUGUACCUAAAAUACCAUUUUGGUUAAAUACAUAGAUGUAUAUUUUUAUAUUUUUGUAAGGGUAAAUUGUUUGGUUAAAUAAAUUUUGUAAGUCAAAUAGUAUUGUAGUUGUUAUUGAAUACCCCAUACUAAGACAUACAGUACAAUAACUUUGUUGGAGGAAUACAACACCAUGUCCAUAAAAGGGUUAAAAAACACAGGAAAAUUUGUUUUUUUGAUUAUAACAAAUGUAUUAUGUAAAAUACAAUAGAUAGAAUGUUCUAUUAAAAUAUUGUUUCAAUAUCUUAAGGCUAUGGGUACAUAAUUCGCAAAUAUUUUACGGCUAUCCCUACCUUUUCUGUCUUUACAUGGCAAAUUACGUGUAGUAAAAUUCACACUGGUAUAGAUAUGUACAUAUUACUAGAAUGUCAUUCUACUUGACAAUGUCAUAACUAGCUUAAAGAGAUGGCUUUUGAAUGUUCUUGGAUAACUGUUAUUUUUUGUAUAAUUGCAAAUUAUUAAUUCAGUUAAUAAAUGUGAUAAUUUUUUCACUAGCUAUGUAUUCAGUGAUUGUAAUAAUUUAUAUGUACCUACAACAAAAACUAAUACUCAAUCGAGAAAAGAGGAAAAGUGUUAAAGUGAUUUUUUAAUAACAUUGUUACUAUGGAGCGCUUACAAUUUUGAACAUCUUUAAUAACAAAAUACUUGGAUCACAGAAUAUAUCUUGAUGUAUUCUCUGCUUCUAUCUUAAUAAAUAUUAAAUAUUCUCUAUAAUAAAUAUUACACAAUAAAUAACUUUUUAUAAAGUUCACCUCUUAAAUCAAUUAUCUUUUAUCAAAUACACUAUAUUUAUAUCAAUAUUAUUUAAUCAACAACUAAAAAAUUUUUAUUUAAUAUUCCCGAUUCAUGUCAAAUAAUUAUUUAAAAUGGUCACUGAUUGUCAGUGUCUGACUGACAAUAUUUUACUCGACUAAGUGCGUUGUAUGACAAAGAUAGAUUUGGAAAAUAUUACCACGGACACUAUGUUCAUUUUUUUCGAAUCCUGAAAAAACCAAUAAAUAUUUUUGAAAAAUCUAAAUGCAGAAUGAAAGACUAAAUUAUUACCGAGGGCCGAAAGUCCCUUAGAAUAAAUAAAAACUUUAUUUUGAAUGAGAUACUUUAAAUUAAAAAUAACAUUAAAUUUUCUCUUAGUUUUUCACCCCUGUAACUUAUUAAAAUAAACAUUAGAGAAGUUCUCAGGAACUUUCGGCCCUCGCUAAUAACGUAAUCUUUCAUUCUGCGUUUAAAUUUUUUAAAAAUACUUAUUAGUUUUCUCAGGAUUCGAAAAAAAUGAAUCCCCAUUUGAAUAGCAUUGCAGCCGAAAAAACGUACCGAUCCUCUUAAUAAAUAGCUGCACCAAUAACACUUUUUGUCGAAAAAAAGUUUAAAACUGCUCUCCUGUAAAGUUACGAAAAUGGACAUAGUGUUGUAUCCUUGCGAGGUACAGAUAUGUAGAGCCUGAAGCUCAUAUACAUCUAUAUAUUAAAUUAAAUUCAUAUUAAAAUAUACUCAGUGACAUUAGAAGUGUUACACCCAGAAGGAAUCAUUUCUGGAACUUAAUUUUUUGACAACAGAUUACAUUUUCAUUAAGAAUUAAACGAUAACAUUGGCAAGACUUUUUAUUGACAUGUAAUCAAAAAUAAAUUAUUAAUGUGUUUGGCGACCCCCUAGCUGAAUACACUCCUGUACACGUCUAGGCAUUGACAAAAUGAGAUGAUCGAUAUCUGGUUGUGGCAACUCGUUCCAAGCAACUUAAAUUUCAUGGAUUAACUGUGCCAGAGUCUGUGGAUGAUGGUGCAAAGUGGACAGUCUUCUCCCCAUCAUAUCCCACACAUGUUCGAUAGGGUUUAAACCCAGCGAACGGGGUAGCCACGGCAAAAAAUUAACGCCAGCUUCUUGGAAAAAGUCCAUAGUUUGACGAGCAAUAUGGGGACGUGCGUUGUCUUCCUGAAAAAGAACGUUUCGACGGCCGUCUAGAUAAGGCAGUAAACUGGUUUGUAAGAUGUCAUCAACAUAACGCGCAUCUGUCAUACUGCCUCGAAUAAACAAAAGUGGUGAUCGGCUACCAUAGGUAUUAACCCCCCAAACCAUUACUCCAACUGUCCUGUGUAGAUGCCUCUCAACAGCAAACCCGAUAUCUCGUCGACUUAUCGUCUGGCGAUUAGGCGUCGUAUGGCGGCGUCUUAUCAUCUUAUGACCAUCAUGCAUACCUAAACAAAAUCGCGAUUCAUCGCUGAAUGCUGCAUUAUGCCGUUCUGCCACCCAAUGCUGUGGUUCUCUGCACCAAUUCAAACGUUGAGGACAGUGGUUCGCAGUCAAAGGAAGCACUCGUGGUGGGCGGAAUGCAACCAGUCCAAAGGCUCAAAUGCUACGGUAUAGGGUACGUCUAGUAACAGGUCUACCUUCUACUAAAAAACCAUUGGUGUCAUUGCCAUACAAUUAACACGACGGCCAAUUUCGCGAUACGACAAACCCAUAUCUUUAAGGCAAUAAUUCUACCCCUGUCAAAAUCGCUAAAAUGGUGGUAAUUUUGGUGUCUUUGAACUCGAGGCAUAUUGUUGCACUGAAUACGAUUAGACUGAGGAAUCAACUAAAAAUAUCUGUACUAACCGGUCUUUAUAAAUUGGUCUUUUCACAAAAAAAAUUUAAGAUAAAAUUUUAUUUUUACAAAAACUAUAAAAGAUAAAACAUUGAUAUUGUUAUCAAAGCAUGCCUUAAAUAUAGUCAUUGUGCUGCCAAAAAAUUAAGUUCAAGAAAUGAUUUCUUCUGGGUGUAACACUUCUAAUGUUACUGAGUAUAAUUUUGGUUUUCAAAGUUUAGUAUUUACCUAUUUCAUUUCCUAUUAUCAUGAUUAGUAAACCUAGAAACCAUAAUUAUUACAAAUUAGUAUAGCAGUUUUCCAUAUUAACACGUUUUGAAGCGUUUUUUCGCUUACCUGUAAAAUUAGCUAAAUGGCGCUUAUCAUGUUUUUCCCUGGACCCUUCAUUUAUGUUACAUCACCUUGUAAUGCUUCGACAAAUGGAACUUUUAAGUGGAAGGCGAAUCUAAACAUGAGAACCGUGCAAAAAUCUAGUCUAUUUACAAACACUAAUGCUUAUUGCCGUAUAUAUCCCUAUAAUAUUAAACCAGAACAAAUCCGUCGCAUAAUAAAAAAAGAUAUCCGUGCUCAGUUAUACCAAAAUAAAUAAAGCACGCGGACCAAUGGACAUGUUGUACGCAUUGUUAUAAUGCUGGGCCAGAACUGCCAGAUACCUACAUACUCAGUAAUUACAUAGUAAGAUACCACUGGUCUUCCUCUAUUUUCUAGAGUUUACUGUAUUUUCUUUAUAACCGUGAAAAAUGUAAUUGGUUCCAUGUUUAUAAGAAAUAAUAAAAUUAUUACCAUGUUAAAUAAAUAAACAAUAAUAAUUCAAUAACGUAUUGUCACCGGUUGUGCAAUACCUCCAAUGUGAUCUCUGCCUAAAUCGAGGUUUCUACUCAAAAAUGCUAAUGGACGUCCUCAAAGCAAAACAAUUACAAUACAAAGACCUUUGAAUUAUAACAAAUCUAUAUUAUAAACAGCAAGCAUACAUACGCAUUAAUGAACACACAUCAGAAGAGUUCGAAAUUAAAAGAGGAGUGCGACAGGGGUGUGUAUUGUCACCACUACUAUUCAAUGUAUACUCUGAAGAAAUUAUGAAAAGAGCUCUUGAGGGAGAAACAGCAGGAAUAAAGGUAAAUGGAACGCCAUCAUAGGAUACUAUCAUAAUAGCAGACAACCUUAAAGACCUCCAAAAGCUAAUGAACAAGAUAGUUGAGUAUGGAUAAGAAUAUGGAUUAUCAAUAAACAUCAAGAAAACUAAAUUUAUGAGGAUAUCAAAAACCCAAAAUAAUGAUGAAAGCCUGACAAUUAAAGGUAAAACUUUAGAACAAGUUGAAAACUACAACUAUCUUGGCACAAUAAUUAAUCACACAAACGAUUACUCCAAUUCGAAUAGAGAAAGCAAGAACAAACUUCAAUAAAAUGAGAAAGGUACUUUGUGCAAGAGAACUGAAAUUAGACUUGAGAGUUAGGUUGGCAAGGUGUUAUAUUUUCUCGACCCUGCUUUACGGGAUAGAAGCAUGGACACUUAACGCGUCGACUACUAAAAAGUUGGAAGCAUUUGAACUGUGGGUGUAUAGAAGAAUCCUGAAGAUAUCAUGGACCGAGCAUAUAACAAACAACGAAGUCAUGAGAAGAGUCAACAAAAGACUGGAAAUAUUGGAAACCAUCAAGACACGAAAGCUGCAAUACCUGGGGCAUGUUAUGCGUAAUGAGAGAUACAACAUACUUCAAUAGGGAACGUGCACAUAUUUUUUUAUUACAUAAUAAUGUUCAGUUUUGUAUAAAAAUGAGAUUUACAAAAUUUCAGGCUUGAAAAACUCAUAAUAACUUAGAAGUACAAAUUUAAAGUCUUCUUUAUCUUAAAAUAGUUCAAACGACCCGUGACGUCACAGAGUUUAACUAUGUGGUUCUGUUUAUGGUUAUAUUUACGUAUAUUCUUCUUCUUCUUCUUUAGUUUAUUGGCCUCCACCUACUUGGGUAUUUUUUCAGCUCGUGGUCGGGGAAUAAAGGAAAAAUAUUUAUAUUCUAAUGACAUUUAUCGUAUAUCGUUGUAAUAAUAUAUACCAGUUUGUUGAGAUUGGAGUUUGAUACAGUUUUUGAAUGAAAGGAAAGAAGGUUUACUAUUGAAAAUAAAACCAUUUUGUAAAAGUACAAAUUUUCUAUGAAUAGUUCAAACGAUCAUAAACACUUUAAACGUCACAUAACUGUAUUUUUUACUGACGUUUAUAAUGUCUAAUUUAAAAUUAUAUAUACAAUUGGUGUAGAAUGUAAACAAACAACCUUGUGACGUCACGACGCGUUUUGGGGUGGCUGGUAUAAGUUGAAUUUUUAGUCGUGUUUAGGGGCCAAACGAAAGACAAACAAAACUUUUUUAUCUUUGAUACAGGUUCUAAAUUAUGUUAUGUUGUGAUUUAUACCAUUUUUUUCGAAUUUAAAAUUUUUCCUAUUGAUUAUAUAGGGGAAAAUCCAGGGCAAGAGAAGUGUAGGAAGGAGAAGAAUCUCAUGGGUGCGUAACUUGAGGGAAUGGUACGGAUGCACAUCAACAGAACUAUUCAGAGCAGCAGCAUCUAAGAUUAGAAUAGCCAUGAUGAUUGUCAACCUCCGUCGCGGAGAUGGCACGUGAAGAAGACUCAAAAAUGGCGCAUUGGAGAUUGCGGUAUCUUUGAAGUUGUUUUAAAUAGGAUUUUUAUGGAUUAUGUUACAUUAGAGAUAUUGCUGGUAUGUGCGGCAAUCUUCAUUGUUCCUGUUUUCGUGUUUUCCCUAAAAACUUAAAUGUAGGGAGAUAUCACAUUGGAGACAAUUGACAAACCGAAAUCUUUAGUAUUAACAAUUUCAGAAUCAAUUAUCAGCAACACGUUCCGUUUAUACUAGUGGGAAUCAUUGCUUCCUUUGUAAUACAUCGUAACAGAUUACACUUGAUUUGGUAUUGUAAAGAAGUUAUAAACAUCGCUUAUGUAUGCAAAAUGCUUACAAAGUGAACAAGACACUUUAGGGGGUUAUGGUUUGAAAUAUUUAAUUUUUUUUAUUUCAAAUAAAAGUGCAUAUUUUCAAGAAUACUCUCCGAAAAUUUCAAAAUAAUCGGAGUAAAAUUACCAGAGAUACAGCGUGCUGAAUAUCUCUAACUUCGACUCGCUUUGCCGCGACUUCGCGCCAGCACGCUUAAGCGUAGUGAGAAACGUUAAACAACUGUCGGCCUUCUCUUUUGUAGAUUACUCCUUGAUUCAAAAAACAUAUUCCAAUGUGAAUCACUUUACGAUUUGGCAGACAAAUAAGAAGAUGAAGAUGCAGUUGUCAAAACUUGAAACGCAUUUUUCUCAAAACUGCUUUUUCAAAUGCGGUGGACAUUGUAACUGAAAAACUACUAGGCCGAUCUACCUGAUAUUUUGCACAGAUCUUCUUGAGACAUUUCAUGAGGUAACAACGUCGAGAUAUUUUUCUUUUUUUGCUUAUUUUUUGUUCAACAAUAAUAAAUCUGUUGAUUUUCACAAAAAUUUUACCAAAAAUUUCAUUUUUUUUUAUUUCUGAGUGAUACUAAAAAUUCAAAAAUCGUUAAAAAUAAAAAAAACUCGACGUUAUGACCUCGUGAAACUCAUAAGCUAAUUAAAUCUUUUUGAAUCUUUUGUUUCGUAUGUCCACCGCAAAAUCCAUUUUUGUGAGCUGCCUAUCCAAAUUUGUCACCAAUGGCUUACUUUUCAAUAUUUUGGAUUGAAUUUUUUUCUAAAUAUUCUUUGAAUUGUACUUAAUAUGUUUUUUAAUUUAAAAAUAAAAUAAUUGUACCAUAGCUUCGAAAAAAAUUCACAAAAAUGUGCUUGAUAUGUUGAUUUCAAACCAUACCCCCCUUAAAUAAUCGUCCUUUAUUUGUCAUCCUCGCCUGGAAAAGAUCCGAAGACAGCAGACAUCAGUUUCUACAUUUAUUGUUAUUGGCAGACAAAGUGUGCGUUUGAGUUGGAUGAUUGAUUAGCGGCGAUAUUAUAGAAAAAGUAAUUUCAGAUCAUA